AUCAUCGCAUUUGCCAUCAAAAACUUCCCCCAAAUCUCAAAUCUUAUCAUUUUCAAAACCUACCCCCUUCUCUUUACUCUUCCCGGCUUUGCCUUUUGCCUCCCUCUCUAUCGACAAUGGCCGCCGCCAUCAUUUCUUCUCCCCGCGAGGAAAAUGUCUAUAUGGCAAAACUCGCUGAGCAAGCCGAACGCUACGAAGAAAUGGUCGAGUUCAUGGAGAAAGUCUCUGCUUCCGCCGACAACGAGGAGCUUACCGUCGAGGAACGAAAUCUCCUCUCUAUUGCUUACAAGAACGUCAUCGGCGCUCGCCGUGCUUCCUGGCGCAUCAUCUCCUCCAUCGAGCAGAAAGAGGAUAGUCGUGGUAACGAUGAUCACGUUACUACGAUCCGUGAUUAUCGGGCCAAGAUCGAGUCUGAGCUUACUUCCAUCUGUAACGGGAUCUUGAAGCUCCUUGAUACCAGACUUAUCCCCUCGGAUUCUUCUGGAGAUUCCAAGGUCUUUUAUCUUAAGAUGAAGGGAGACUAUCAUAGGUAUUUGGCUGAGUUCAAGACUGGAGCCGAACGCAAGGAAGCUGCUGAGAGUACCCUCACUGCCUACAAAUCUGCUCAGGAGAUUGCCAACGCCGAGUUGGCUCCUACUCACCCGAUUCGACUCGGGCUGGCACUCAAUUUUUCUGUUUUCUACUAUGAGAUUCUCAAUUCUCCCGACCGGGCUUGCAAUCUAGCAAAACAGGCAUUUGAUGAAGCUAUCGCUGAGUUGGAUACUCUAGGAGAGGAGUCGUAUAAAGACAGCACCCUCAUCAUGCAACUCCUCCGUGACAAUCUCACUCUGUGGACCUCCGAUAUGCAGGAUGACGAAGCCGAUGAUACCAAAGAAACACCGAAGCGUGAGGAAGGGCAACAAGAGAAGCCUCAGCAGUAGUGAGACUUUGCUGGGCUCUUUCUCUCUGUUAUAAUUUACCGAUAUAGGUUUCAAUUCUGAAUGAAACUUCUACCCAUUUUAUGUGUUUUUGAUGGAAGAGAUUUGCCGCUUCCGUCCAUUAAUUUAGGCAACUAUUGUCUAUGUUUAAGCGUACUCGGUAUAUUUUUUCUCUCUUUUUCCUUUUAAAUUUUAUCACCUUCUAAAAUCGUUCAUGUACCCUUUGUUGUUUAGGCAAUGCUAUCUACUAUCUCUGCUCUGGUUUCAGAUU